UUGACCAGACAAAUUCAGUUAAAAUUCAUCCUGUGAUGUAGGAGGUGUGUUGUGAUAUCACCAAUAAUAUAACCUGUUUAAUCUGUGUGGCGACUAAAAGAAAUGAUAAUAAUAGUAAAAAUGGUUGUCUGCCGUUAACCACACCAAGUGAUUAGAUAAGAUUGUGAUGUGUACUUUAUCUGUGAAUCCUAUAAAUAAACAAAAUAAGUUUGAAUAGCGAACGCGGGAAUUGGUCAACAUUUCUUCAUCCCAGGUAACCAACCGGUAAUGAGGUUCAAAUUAAGGACAUGGGGUUGGAUUUUUUUGAUUGCCUCCUCCGUGACGGCUCAAGAUAUCAACAUCAAUAGCAAUAAUCAAAAUGAUAUUAGUAGCACUAUUAGUAAUUACGAUGUAAACAACGGUCCGUUUACGCAAGAACCAACACACAGUGGUGAUCAAUACAACAGAGACGGUCAAUAUGGGCACGAUAAUCAAAAUGGACCAACUUUAGAUAGGUAUGAACCCACAAGUGGACAAUAUAACCCACAAAGCGGCCAAUUUGAUCCCAACAAUGGCCAAUACAAUCCGCCACCGGGUCAGUAUGAUCCUCAAUUCGGAAAAGCGGAUCAGUUUGGCGGUCGUACUCCAAAUGUUCCAUGGAAGCAGGAUAACAAUGGGUUUUUUGGUGCCGGCAGAAAUGAAAUCGACCCCACGAUCAUCAGAGAAGCAACUUACUUUAUCGUAGCGUCUAAAACCGUACGUCCUGGACAGCUGUACCGAGUAGUUGCCACAAUUUUACAAGAAGAAGAACCCCUCACUGUCCGCGCUUCCAUAACCCGUAACGGGGUAGAAAUGACAGAAGAUCACAAAGUCGUUAAACAGGGAAUCCCAGAAACACUUUUAAUGAGGGUACCACCCACAAGCGUUCCAGGCGAUUAUAAACUUAGAGUAGAAGGGUUGUACGACGAUGUUUUAGGAGUUGUUUAUUUUGUUAACGAGACUAAUUUAAUUUUCUCCCAAAGAUCCAUGACUAUUUUUAUACAGCUUGAUAAACCUGUCUAUAUGCAAGGGGAAAAGGUGCGUUUCCGAGCAAUCCCGAUUAACACUGAACUGAAAGCGUUCAAUGAAGCAGUGGACGUUUUUAUGUUGGAUCCGAACGGCCAUAUUAUGAAACGGUGGUUGUCAAGGCAAUCGAAUCUGGGUACGGUCAGUCUGGAUUAUCAGUUGUCUGAUCAACCAGUUUUCGGGGAAUGGAGGGUCAAAGUAAUCGCUCAAAAUCAAGUGGAAGAGUCAACGUUUCUGGUCGAAGAGUAUUAUCAAACUCGGUUUGAAGUUAACGUUACGAUGCCGGCGUUCUUUUUGAAUACUGAAGAAUAUAUUCGAGGGGUGGUUAUGGCUAACUAUACGAGCGGUGCACCGGUAAGGGGUAACCUGACAUUAAAAGCUAUCGUUCGACCGAUCAAGCCAAUUGAAACAAACAGAAUACGAAAUCGUAAUAGGAAUAGGAAUAGAAAUAGAGACGAAGAAAGAUAUUAUGAUAAUAGAAUGUAUAACAGAAAUGAUGAUAGAAGGUACGGACCUCAGAAUUAUGACGAGUUAGAAAACAGAUACGAUGAUUACAAUAACAGGGAUUAUAAUAGACCAAUUGCAGAAAAGUAUUUUAAUUUUGAUGAACACAUGCCGUUUUGGUUUAAGAUUUCUGAAAAUUAUUACGAGCCGAUUCCAUCUCUUAAAUUCUUUUAUGGAGUGUACGAGUUUAAAUAUCCAAUUCGAGAAUUACUGAAUUAUGUGUCGACGCUUGACGGUAUGGAAGUGGUUAUUGUUGCCACAGUUGGCGAAAGAUUUUUGGAUGAAGUCAUAGAAGGCUAUUCCACCGCCCGAAUAUUUAAUUCCUCUAUAAAACUGUCGUUCCUGGGCGGAUCUCCACAAGUUUAUAAACCCGGAAUGCCUAUAACAACCUACGUGGCUGCCUCGUUCCAUGAUGGUUCUUCUCUACCGUUAGAAAGAUUGACGAAUGGUAUUAUGGAAGUUUUUGCUUAUGUUGAAAGUGCAGCGGGAAGACGUGAUCUACCAAGUCGUCAGUUGUUAAUGCUAAAUGGAAAUCCAGGUGUUUGGGAAUACAAGUUUGACAUUAAAACGGAAUUGGGAUUGGAAGGAACACGAACAUUCGAUGCGGCGAGUCAAAGCGGAUCAAUACGAAUACAAGCUAGGUUUAGAGAUGGGUUAGGUAAUCUCGCUGAAACUGAAUUGCUGUUGUUGUCACAUCAUAGUCCUAACAAUCAACACAUCAAGGUAUUCACCAGUACCAUAGUCCCACAGGUUGGUGCUAAUAUGAUUUUCCACAUAAAGAGCAAUUUCUUUAUUCGUAAAUUUAACUAUAUGAUAAUAUCAAAAGGUAUAGUUUUGGUUAGUAGUGACCAGGAUAUGAGCGAUUAUAUUGCUACUAUGUCUGUACCAUUGAGCGCUGAAAUGGCACCAGUCGCAACUAUCGUUGUUUGGCAUCUUGGUAGGUAUGGAGAAGUCACAGUAGACAGUUUAACAUUCCCCGUGAAUGGAAUCAGUCGAAAUAAGUUUACAGUUUAUAUCAACAAUAAAAAAGCUCGCACUGGUCAUAAGGUCGAAGUCGCGAUUUACGGAGAGCCCGGUUCGUACGUAGGAUUGUCCGGCAUCGAUCGCGCAUUCUACACAAUGCAAGCCGGAAACGAGUUAACUUACGCCAAAGUAAUUAGUAAAAUGGCGAGUUUCGAUGAAAAUACAAAUGGAACACACCAACACACUUGGUCCUCUCACGAAGGAAAUCCAGACGAUCUGGUGUAUUUUCCGUCUUCGACGUACGGAAUCGACGCAAAUCGGACAUUCGAAUAUGCUGGAUUAGUCGUAUUUAGUGAUUUUGAAUUACCUAGACGCUGGUCGCGGUGUAAUUUAACUCUGGGCUUUGCUGAGUGUUUAAAUGGGGCUUGUUACAGAGUAGAGAAACGCUGCGAUUAUUUCAAAGAUUGUCCUGACGGAACGGAUGAAGCAGGAUGCAAAUACGAUAACGGCACCGAAUUGGCGAUGUUCAGAAAGUAUAGAUUUAAUCGGAUUCAGCGACAGUAUGAAAAUGUCUGGGUUUGGAAAGAUGUUAAUAUAGGACCUCAUGGACGUUACAUAUUUAACAUUCCCGUCCCCCCAAGACCUGUUCACUGGAUGGUGUCUGCUUUCUCUAUGAGUCCAAAGCUAGGUUUUGGCAUGAUCAAUAAAGCGAUUGAGUAUAUCGGGGUGCUUCCUUUCUUUAUCAAUGUGGAGAUGCCAAAUUUGUGUAUGCAGGGAGAACAAGUCGGAAUUCGAGUUACCGUAUUCAAUUACAUGAUGGACGCAAUGGAGGCUACUGUAGUUCUUCUUGGUUCGCCUGAUUAUAAGUUUGUACAUGUUGAAGAAAAUGGCGUUGUUCGAUCGUACAAUCCCCGCACGUCGUUCGGUGAACAUCAGUUCUUUAUUUAUAUUAAGCCGCAAGACGCUGCAGUCGUCUAUUUGCCCAUUGUACCGACGAGGUUAGGAGAUAUUGAUGUCACCGUCUACGCAUCAACUUUAAUCGGUAAAGAUCAAAUUACAAGGCGAAUACACGUAGAGGCUGAUGGUUUGCCACAAUACAGACACCAAUCUAUGUUACUUGACUUAAGUAAUCGUGCGUACGCCUUCCAAUAUAUGCACGUGAAUGUUACUGAAAUUCCAAUCAUUCCAUAUGAGUACGACAGAUACUAUGUCUAUGGAUCUAAUAGAGCCAGAAUUUCAGUUGUUGGUGAUGUUGUGGGUCCAAUAUUUCCAACGAUGCCAGUAAAUGCUACAUCCAUUUUACACUUGCCUAUGGAGUCUGCUGAACAGAACAUGUUUUCGUUUGCUGCCAAUAUGUACACCACAUUAUACAUGCGUUAUACGCAGCAAAGAAACAAAACUUUGGAGAAAUUGGCUUUCUACUACAUGAAUAUAGGGUAUCAGAGACAACUUUCUUUUAUGCAACCUGACGGAUCGUUCAGCUUGUUUAGAAGCGAUUGGAAUCAGUCAGCUUCUUCCGUGUGGUUGACAGCCUAUUGCGCUAGGAUUUUCCAAGAAGCCAGUUUUUACGAAUGGGAAAACUACAUUUACAUCGAUCCGUCAGUGAUCGCCAAAGCAGUAGAGUGGGUACUGAAACAUCAAAACGAGUAUGGUGCUUUUUACGAAACCACUUGGCUUCCUGAUCGCAAAUACAACGCCUCCCUCAAUAUCGCCAACGAUCACAUCCGCCAUCGAAACAUAACUCUGACGGCACACGUUCUUAUAAUGUUGGACUCGGUAAAAGAUCUAACAAGCGGAUUAAGUUCGAAAGUCUCGAUUGCGCAGAAAAACGCUGUUCAUUGGCUGGAGCGCAACAUGGAUCUCAUUAAAGAGCAAGGUCAAGCGUUCGACGUGGCCAUAGUGGCGUACGCCCUAUUGAAGAGUAAAGCAGCAUUUGCUGAAGCCGCCUACUUGGAGUUGUCGAGACGUCGACGAGAAGAAGGCGGUUUACUUUAUUGGGGACGGAAACCAAUCCCCCAACCCCCGUACAAAAUCGAAAAUCAAAAACCUUUCUUGUUACCGCGGCUGCCGUAUGAGUACGACUCUGAAAAUAUUGAAGCUACUGCAUAUGCGUUGAUGGUGUAUGUCGCAAGGCAGGAAAUUUUCAUGAACGAUAUCGUCAGGUGGUUGAACACCCAACGAUUGACGGAUGGUGGAUGGGCGUCUACCUCAGAUACAGCGAAUUCUUUAAAAGCUUUAAUUGAGUAUACCUCAGCACAACGAAUUCGUGAUAUUUCUAAUUUGUCGGUAACGAUAGAAGCUACCUCGCUGCCAGGAAAGACAGCCGUUUUACAUGUAAAUGAUAAAAACAGAGCAAAACUACAAUACAUCGACAUUCCAAAUGCGUGGGGUACCGUCAAAGUACAAGCUAAAGGAACUGGCUACGCCAUUUUACAGAUGCAUGUUCAAUAUAAUGUUGACAUUGCCAAGUUUCAAACUAAACCUCCAGUGCCAGCGUUUGAUUUGUGGAUAAGGCCAUAUUUCUUUGGAAGGAACAUGUCACACAUUACAUUUUUCAGCUGUCAAAAGUGGAUUCAUUUGAACGAAUCUCCAAGGUCAGGACUUACAGUUCUUGACGUAACCAUUCCAACAGGUUACAUUAUUCAACAACAAGACUUGGACGCCUAUAUACUAUCCAGGCGGGUUAGAAAUUUACAGAGAGCAAAAUAUUUGGAGAGAAAAGUUUUAUUUUAUUUUGAUUAUCUUGACAACGAAGAAACUUGCAUUAACUUUACAGUUGAGAGAUGGUAUCCUGUUGCGAACAUGUCCCGCUAUUUGCCAAUUAGAGUCUAUGAUUACUAUGCCCCAGAACGAUUCAACGAAACAAUAUUUGAUGCCUUAUCCACGUACGUAUUGGACAUUUGUCAUGUUUGUGGUAGCAGUCAAUGUCCAUACUGCUGGAUUUAUAAUGCCACGUCUAGAGUUUCUGCUCAUAUGAUGAUCGUUCUGUGUACGACAUUUAUUUUAAUAGUAAAGUACUUCCAACUACAAGACAGUAUAAUAUAAUGCCACUCGCAUCUAAUAGGAUUUGUUGAAGUUUAAGAUCUGAAUUUAUAUUAAUAACAAGAGGUGUAUAAAGUUGUUGACAGUUGUGCCUGAUAAUAUAAAAUAUUAAAUAAUGCAAAAGGAUUGUUAAGGAAUUUAAUAUAAGUUCCAGAUUUUACAAAACGGGAUGUAAUUUUCAUUUGACGUGUCUGUGUUCAUUAAUUUUGUGGUUGUCUGAAGGAUAGGAACAGUGUAACUGAGUAUGCAACAAACAUGAUAAUUGAGAGUUACUUAUGACACAUCAUGUAUAUUUUUCUACUUAUUAAAAUCAUAUCUAAAAUACUCAUAAGAUUGCAACUAUUUCACGUUGAAAAGAUUUAAUCAACAAAGGAGCAAAGGAUGCUCAUUAGUCUUGUUUUAAACCGUCCAAAUGCACUGACGUAGUUAGUGUCGUAGUAUAUAAAACUAGAUGACUAAUAUAUUUGUAAUUGGUUAGUUUUUUAUAUUUGUUAUAUUUUUGAGUUUUUUUUUUUUUGUAUGUACAUUUUUGAAAAUAAAGUAUUUCUUCAGCCACGA